CUUCUAUCCCCUAUCAGAUACUCGAAAAUGAACUUCGCUCCCUACCAGGACGAAUCGCCCGAGACGGAGCGCGCCCUCUCCCCCCCCAACGACGCAAGCCGCAUCAAAUCCCCCGGCGUGCGCUCGCCGCGCCAUUCCCCCCCCGUCCCAGGCAGCGCGUUACCCUCGCCCUCCCAGUUUGCCGCCCCGACCAGCUACCAGAACAUAUCCGCCGGAGGGAAUGGUCAUGGACACGGACAGAGAACAGGGUCAGGGUUUGGAACCGGGUUCGGUCGCGACGUCGAGAGCGGCCGGCUGAGUCUCGGCGCGUUCGAAACCAGUCUCCCCGUCCGUAUGGAUGUCGAGGCCAUGCUGGCCUACCUGUUGCUCCCUCCGGCGGGGGGUGUUUUCCUCCUCUUGGUAGAGCAUAAGAGUGACUACGUGAGAUUCCAUGCGUGGCAGUCUAGCAUGCUGUUCACGGCUCUAUUUAUCCUCCAUCUUCUCCUCGCCUGGUCGAGCUUUCUCUCCUGGUUGCUUUUCAUCGUCGAUCUGGCCCUUAUCGGCUUCCUGAGCAUGCGGGCCUACAGAGAUGUCGACACACUCGAGCACUACGAGGUUCCCUUCUUCGGCCGUCUGGCGAACUCGUUUGUCGACGACGAAUGAGUGAUAUACACACCCUUCUUAUCCUAUGUCCUAUGUUGAUUCUCGCAUGGCCAGGCGUUGAUGCGACUUCCUCUCUCCCCGUGUAUAUUCCUGUUGCUUGCCGGGAAGUGUACAUGGUUUUACUUUGUAUCUUAUGAUCUUUCCUUUGUCAAUACUAAUAAUGACUCGAUAAUUCUAUUGUUAUACCCCAGUCUAGAGGACGAU